CCUCCGCGGAGCGCGCGGCCCAGAGGCGCGGAGCGGCGCGGACUCCGAGGAGCUGCGGAGAUGCUGAGCUCGCCCUGGGCGCGCUUCUACUCCAACAGCUGCUGCCUCUGCUGCCAUGUCCGCACCGGCACCAUCAUCCUCGGCGUCUGGUACCUGAUUAUCAAUUCGGUGGUCUUGUUGAUUCUGCUGAGUGCCCUGACUGAUCCUGACCAGUACCACCUAACCAGUGCUGAAUUAGGGGGUGAAUUUGAAUUUAUGGAUGAUGCCAAUAUGUGCAUUGCCACUGCAAUUUCUCUUCUUAUGAUUCUCAUCUGUGCAAUGGCUACAUAUGGCGCAUAUAAGCAACAUGCAGCUUGGAUCAUCCCUUUCUUCUGUUAUCAGAUCUUUGACUUUGCUCUCAACACGUUGGUUGCCAUCAGUGUACUCAUCUAUCCCAGCACAAUUCAGGACUACCUCCAUCAGCUGCCCAACAAUUUUCCCUACAAGGAAGAGAUUAUGUCUGUGAACCCUACAUGUCUGGUUGUGAUUAUCCUCCUUUUCAUAAGUAUCAUUCUGGCUUUUAAGGGUUACUUGAUAAGCUGUGUGUGGAACUGCUACCGAUACAUUAAUGGCAGAAACAACUCAGAUGUGUUGGUGUACAUUACCACCAACGACACUGCGGUCCUGUUGCCACCAUAUGAUGAUCCUGUGAAUGGAGCUGCUAAAGAUCCACCACCACCUUAUGUGUCAGCAUAAGUGAGAGUGCUGUGUCCCUAGGGAGUAUAGCUUUACUUCUCAGACAUUGGAGCAAUAGUUUGAUAAUUUCACUUCCAGGAUAUAACCUCUGUGGGUUAUACACUGCUGUUUUGCUGACAUAUUGAAACCUAAAUUGUAUGAUUAUUAUUCUGUAGAUAGUUUUAAUAACUUACUGCAACUACAGUAGUGUUUCAGAAACUAGUGAACUGGUUUCAGAACAAUUCUGGGUAGCGCUAAGGUUACAGUAGUCACUGAAUAGCUUUUUCCACCAUGUCUGACAUGCAGUGCUAGAGAACAUAGAACUUUGCAUUCUCAAUCAGAGUCAGAGUGUAACUUUAUUUUUUUUAUUUGAAAAACUUCCAAAGCAUUACAAAUGUGUUUCUCAGAUGCCCACUUUCACCUUCAGAAUACAGACCAAGUCCAAAAAAGCAACAUUCCAGUUCAUUCCUGUUUUACAAGAAUUUAUGAAGUUACUAUGCUGUGAAGGAUGAUGAUUGCAAGAAGGAUGAGUCUUAAUCACUAUUCUCAUCAACCUGGCUAAUGGGAAACAAAUUUAAUUGGGAAGGAUAAGUAUGGGAAAUGGAGGUAGAGAAAGUGCUCUGUGGUGUGUAACAAGCCAGAACCUGUGGUCUACAUGGACUCACUUUGUACCAGCCUGUAACCAUUCUGAUUUUCAGAAAAAAAGAGUUCUUAGCAAAUUCUGAUAACUUUCUUUUCCUGCCUACUCACCUUUUUCCUCUCCACUAACUUCACAAAGAGCACUUUGAGGUCACAAAAUCCCUGCCUUUAAAAUCACAUGGUUAGGUGACAAAGCUGUGACUUUUGCACUCAAUAUGCAAAUUUUUCCCCAUUGGAAUGUGCCUGUAAAUAUUGCAAUGUUCUGCUGAGUGUAAAUUAAAUUAUGCAGAUUCUAAGAUAAA